AUGCUGACUCAAGGACGUCGUUCUAUCUUUUUGUUGCUGCUGCUUGCGUUGGAAUUACUAGUAUUUGUAACGAAUGUUCAAGCAUUUGGAUUUCAUUUUGGUGGGGAGGAUCAUGACCAGCAGCAUCAUGCACACGAUGCACAUGAUCACGUUGACUUUUACGAGACACUAGGAUUGAGUAUGGAAGCAACGGACACGGAGAUUAAGAAAGCUUAUCGUAAAUUAAGUCUAAAGUAUCAUCCAGACAAGAACAAAGGUGAUGCAGAGGCUGAAAGCCGGUUUCAUGAGAUAUCACGUGCCUAUGAAGUGCUUUCGGAUCCACAGAAGCGUCAAGUGUUUGAUUUGGAAGGUUUUCAAGGUCUGGAACGUGAGGAAAACUCAUCAGGACGCCCUUCUAGUCCUUUUGAUGCCUUCUUUGGAGGUGGUGGUCAGCAACGUGGUCCAGAUGCAGGAAUUGACGUGUCGGUGACACUUGAAGAAUUAUACAAUGGAGCUACGAAACAAGCUCAAGUUACGCGCAAUGUCAUUUGCCGUAAAUGUCGUGGCACGGGUGCAAAGGAUGGGAAGACCAUUAAGUGCAAGAAAUGUGGUGGCAAGGGGCAUGUACUUGUGAACCAAAAGAUGGGUCCUGGAUUUACGGUGCAAAUGCAGCAACCGUGCCCUAAAUGCGGUGGACGUGGCAAGACUUUUAAAAAGGCUUGUCCAAUUUGUCAUGGUCACAAGGUUGUGAAAGAAGACAAGAUGUUUACUGCUGAGAUUGAGCGAGGCAUGCCGUCAACGCAUGAAAUCGUUUUUGAGCGUGAGAGUGAGCAACGACCAGGAAUCGUACCGGGUAAUGUCAUUUUCCGUUUGCAUCAGGUGCCUCACAAUCGUUUCCGCCGAGCUGGCGACGAUCUUCACUACAAUUUGGAGAUCUCGCUCGAGGAAGCGUUGUUGGGUUACAAGAAGCCAAUGAAGCAUUUGGAUGAUCGCACAGUGGUGCUCACCAGUUCGGACGUAACGACGCCUUUUGAGGUUCGCAUCGUACAAGGCGAGGGCAUGCCCGUACACAACUACCCGUCCCAGCUUGGUAACUUACAUGUGCACCACGAGAUACGCUUCCCAGCGCAACUUACAGCUGAGCGGAAGGAGUUGGUGAAAAAGCUACUGCCAGAAGAUUCGGUACUUGCUGUGGAAUGA